GCACUGUGCGCACAGCGACAACUUUGGUUGCAGUAGAUGGGUGGCCUGAGGAUGGACCCAGAUCUCUGGAGGAGGCAGUGCUGGUUGUUAUGCACGAGAUGUUGGCCAGAUAGGACUCGUUAGACAAACUAGAAUUCGGAUGAAUGUUCUUAAUGAAAGAUCAAAAAAUGGCUUCUGCUGUCUGUUCAAUUGCAAAAAGAUCACGAAGCAAAACGUACAGCAGCAGGGAUUCCCACGUGGUCACCCACCGUAGUACUAAUCUGCCGUUCAACUGCUUAUGUAUGGCAGAGCGGACGGGAUGCCCAGUUUUCAGCUGACUGUGGCCGUACGUGACAGAAUCUUUGUUUGAAGGGUAUAUCACCCACCCUUACAAGCAAGUAGAUGUAAGUGGGAGCGCAGGACAUCGAGG